AUGUUCCUUCAACGCACUGCCUCCGCCCUCGCGCGGCGCACUCCUGCUCGCGCCGUCGCUGCCGUCCGUCCAUUCUCCUCGUCCAUCGUCCGCAACAACGCGAACAAGUGGACCCCCAAAGACCAGGACAAGGUCAAGGUCAAGCCCUUCGACGACAUCCACACCGAGGAUGAUCUCCUUCCCCCCGGUGCCAAGGAGGGUACCAUUCCUACCGACUUCAACCAGGCCACCGGUCUCGAGCGUCUGGAGCUCAUCGGAAAGAUGCAGGGCAUCGACAUCUUCGAUAUGCGACCCCUUGAUGCCUCCCGCAAGGGAACAAUUGACAACCCCAUCAUGGUCAAUGGUGCCGGUGACGAGCAGUACGCUGGUUGCACUGGUUACCCCGCCGACUCGCACCAGGUCAACUGGCUAACCGUUUCUCGCGAGCGUCCCAUUGAGCGCUGCAACGAGUGCGGCAACGUCGUCAAGCUGAACUACAUCGGACCCGAGGAGGACCCCCACUCCCACGACCACGACCACGGUCACCACCACCCCCCCUCACGAGGAGCCCAAGACUUUCGCCGACUACGUCAAGCCCGAGUACUGGUACCGGUAAAUCUGCGUCGCGCAAAUUGUCUCCGAUACGGUACAAACGCGCUAGUUUGUCUGUCGGUAUCCGUCCUAUAUUUGGCUUGUUUCCCGUCUCUUUUGUAG